UAAAUACCAUUGGAUCAAUACUCCCGCGCGCAAGGACAUAGAAAACACAGGUCGUCUUGCGAACGAGUUUUGUCCUGCGUAUCUGAACGUAGUCCACCUGACGAUCUAUACAUUGUGCGCGCUUAGUUUUGAAACUGUCGAGCUAGCUCGACCACGAUGAACUCAGUUUCCAUCUUUUGGAUUAAAAUAUUACAGAAAUUUUGUGCAAUGCCCUGACCAUCUAUCGUUCUCGUCCGUGUAACUUGCGUUUAAUUUCUAUUUGCGUUCGGUGAAAUCGUUUUAGUUGCUGUUGCAUUUUGAUCGCGAAAGUAGACAUCCGCCAUUGUUGCUAGAGCAUUAGCCAAUCCUUCGUUGGCGCGAUGUGACGUCAGAGAAUAAAGGCGCAGAAUCACGGUUCGCCGAGCUCCCUUAUACCUUGUGCGCUGUCGAAUUUUUGGCUUUCGUUUCGCAAAACAACUGUCAGUUCAAAUGUAAUUCGGUAACGUAUAGAAGAAAAUUUGUGUGAAUAUUCGCGGCGAUCCGACCCGCUAUACGAUCCUUUAUAUUCCUUUCAUUGUCGCGUAUUUAAUCGAUCUGUGUUGCUCGCGUUUCUCCGAUGUCAUUAGAAUAUGCCGAACGACGAUGCUGCAGCGCGGGAUGAUCUUAGUAUCGUUGCACAAUUGCUAGGUUCUUGGACACGUUACAUGCACAAAAUGAACGAAUAAUAGGCGAAAAUCAUUUCGAUUAAACGUAUCCGUAAGCAUGAUCAAUUUUUUAGAAGAGGCUUCUUAGUUUUACUCGUCCGUGUACCAUAAAACAGUUGUCUACCUCAACGGGCAUUGUCUCUAACAAAUAUUUAUGUUUUACUUUCUAAAUUAAUCAUAAAACUUCCAAGAAUGGCGUCCAAAGUGUUGGUUAAAUUGCCAACUGUACCUUUUCCUCAAGGAAAGAAAUCACCAUCGGACAUAGUAGCAUUAACAGAAAGAAACGAAGGAUUGAAUCAAAUGCUCAGACAUCAAAGUAUGAAUGUGGAUAGGGUGGCUCAAUUAGAGCAAAAUAUGAAAUUUUUACAAGAACAGCAUCAAGCAACCUUGGUUGCUUUGCACCAGGAAGUCGAAUCAUUGCGACAAAAGAAUAGAGAUUUACAGUUUCAAUUGGUAUUCUCAAAAGGAUCUACUACGAUACCUAGCACUCCUUCUUCUCCUGAAGACAAUGGAACUGGGUUCAUCAAACCAAAGGGUAGCCCAGUAUGCGUAAACAUUGCACCAUUACAGGUAGAACUUCUGGAGAAAGAUUUACAAGAUAUUAAAAUAUCGCUACAAGAGGCAAAAACGCAAAACCAGUAUUUCUCUGAGAUUAUCGAACAACAAAAAAAAAAGCUAAAUUCCGCUGAAGAACAGAAAGUGAAUAAACAGCCAAUGACGGAUAUAGGAAUCCAAGUUGGGUCUAGACUCGAUCCUGUCCCGGGAGAUUUGGUCACGUUUUUGGAAAUCACGGAAACAAUGGUAAACGGAUUACGCAAACAAAACGAGGAUCAAAAGAAAGAAAUUGCAACACUAAAAGCAGCAUCAGCAAAUACGACGAAUGCUAACAGAAAGGUUCGAUUUUGCGAUAGUAACAACAGCCAUCAUACUCGUGGAUCGCCUACCAGUGCCACGCAAGAACAAACACCUCACAAAUUUCCACCGUUACAAAGCCAAAGCUACUGGCACCGCAGAGUACCUAGAAAUGGAAGAAAUCGACAUGAUAGACAAGAUCUUCAAUCAGAAAUAGAUUCUACCAUAUUACCGCAACUUCAAAAUGGUAGCAUUCAAAAUUUUGAAUCACCAUUUAAUUGGUCACAAUAUCGUAAGUAUUCUCGCGAUGAAAGAUACCGAAAAUAUAAUAGGGGUCAAAUGUCACAGAAAGAUCGUAGAGAUACCGAUCACCAUCCUCAUCGACGAGAUUAUAAGGAUAGAAAUUCCAAAGAUCAUCAAAAAGAGUUUGUAGGCUCUGCAGAGGGAUCGAGAGAAGCAGACAACUCUGCGGGUAGUAAAUCAUAAAAUGGAAACAGUCUGCCAACAUAUUAGAUACGUAGCAGACGUUUGGUCCUCUACCUAAAUACAAACGAAUGUAAGGAACUUUUCAAUAGCGGUAUAUUUGUUAAGAAGAGAAUAAUCUACUUUUUCUUGUACCCGCUUCAAACAAAAUAAUUAAUGUCGAUUACGUGGAUAUAGCUUGCAAUAGAAUAGUGACAACAUAAAAUUGAGAUUAUACAAUCUUCAAUGUGAAAAUCUAGUCCAAUUUUACUCAUUAUAGGAUACCGAUAUAAAAGUAGUACAUGCGCUUUAUGGAUCAGUGAUAAUUAGCGAAUACGAUUACUUGUGCUACCAUAAAUUAAAUCGAAAAAUAUGUGAUUGUUCCAUUUUUACUGGAAGGAAUGAUAACAUAUUUUUUUCUUAAGAAAAAGUAAAUAAUAAUAAUAAUAAUAUUAAUGAUGAUGAUAAUACAAAAGAUACGACCAAUAUUUAUAUGAUGUUAGUUUCUGAGGCUUAAAGUGACCAAAGCUUAAGCUUAAUAUGCGUGCAAUAUUUCAGUAUUGAGUGUGCGUGUAAUAAAUUUUUAUUUUAGAGUACCGAGUAAUUAUAAUUUGUAAUAGUUUUUGUGCAGUUUUAUUGAAAAGAGAAUCAGUAUAUCUUUGAACGAUAUAGCUGUCGUCGAUGUUGCAACUGAUGUUAUUUUAAAAAAUUAACAAUUAUUUAUAUUAGAUACAUAGACAUUUGUCGUGUUAAUAUAAUUUGAUUAAU